AAAUUAACACACUUUUUUACCAUUCACAUUGGAAUAACAUUUUUCGAUAUAUAAAAUAUGUCCUUUGGAGAGGUGGGUGAAGGCCUUCUCAAAAAAUAAAAUUGGGUGUGUCUGUGAAAGAGAGAACCAGUGUCACGUGUCGAUGUAUGAUACACAUUUAAGACAACAUGGUCAUUGAUUACUCGAUGAAUUUAAUUUAUAUACACCGUCAGUGUAAAGUUAUUUUACACAUGCAUCCAAUAAUAUACUGACACAUCAUGUAUGUUAUUUAAAAACACAUGAUGUGUCAAAUUCAUUAAAUGAUGUGGCAACAUAUCAUUGGAUGUAUGUGUAAAGAAUCUUUACACUGACAGUGCACAACAAUUAUACUCUUAUUUGAUAUGUGAAAAUAUCGACUUCCUAACAUUAGUUAUCAUAACUCUAAAUCUCCUCCAAUCCACACGACUCUAACCAUACCUCUAUUCUUGCAUAGCUAAGAAAUUUAUCUCUAAUCUUUCAUGGCUUCCAACAACAUUAAAAUCCAUCAACAAUUCAAAGUUGUUCCUCUACCAUCAUCAACCCAAACAUCAACAACACCUCUCACUUUCUUUGACAUAUAUUGGCUAAGAUUUCAUCCAGUAGAAAGAAUCUUCUUCUACACCCUCCCAAAUUCACAAUCACACCCUACUUUUUUCUACCAAAAUAUUGUUCCAAGACUCAAAACCUCACUUUCUUUAACCCUCCAACACUUUCUACCUUUAGCCGGUAAAAUCAUUUGGCCUUCUGAUUCUCCCAAACCAUUCAUUCAAUUCAACCCCAAUGAUGAUGACGGUGUUUCAUUGCUCAUUGCAGAGUCUGAUUCAGAUUUCAACCAUGUCAUUGAAAACUCACCCCAUGAAACUUCUUUGUCUCGUUCUUUUGUACCUCACUUAGAUUCAACAGAUUCUUUUGCUUCUGUUAUCUCAUGUCAAAUAACCCUUUUUCCAAAAAGUGGUUUUUCUAUUGGAAUAAGCACACACCAUGCUGUUUUUGAUGGAAAAUCUUCCACUAUGUUCAUCAAAGCUUGGGCUUAUCUAUGCAACAAACUCAUUUUGCUGUCAAAGUUUGAACCAGUAUUCGACAGAGAAAUCAUCAAAGAUCAAAAUGAGCUUGCUGAUACAUUCACAAAUAACUGGAUCGAAAUCAUGACCAAAAUGUUCCCAAAUGAAAAAGGUAACGAACGAUGCUUGAAGAUUUUACCUUUUCAACCAAAACUAGAUGACUAUGUUCGUGCUACAUUCGAGCUCACACGAGAAAAUUUGAGUGAGAUAAAGCAAAUGGUGUUAUCCAAAUGGGAAAUAUUUGAUACAAAUGAAUCAAAGCCUCAAACACUAUCAUCUUUUAUUCUCACUUGUGCUUAUUCGCUCGUUUGUGUUGCAAAAGCGAUUCACAAAUAUGAAAAGGAGAAAGAAAAGUUUGCUUUUGCAUUUAGUGUAGAUUGUAGAGCAAGGUUAGAGCCACCAAUACCAAAUAACUAUUUUGGAAAUUGUGUAUGGGGACACUUUGUUGAUGCAAAACCAUCUGAUUUCAUAAAAGAAGAUGGAUUGUUUUUAGUUGCUAAAAGCAUUCAUGAGAAAAUAGUGAUGAUAAACGAAAAGGGUGCUCUUCAAGGAACUAAUGAUGCAUUUGAUAAAUAUAUUUCUAUGACAAGUGAAGGAAUUGAAAUUAUUGGAGUGGCAGGGUCUAAUAGAUUUGGUGUUUAUGAAAUUGAUUUUGGUUGGGGAAGGCCAGAAAAGGUGGAGAUAGUAUCAAUUGAUAGAGGUUUAACCAUUGGUCUGGCUGAGGGCAAAAAUGGCAAAGGUGGAAUUGAAGUUGGGUUGGUUCUUAAUAAGCAUGUCAUGGAUCUCUUUACUAAGAAAUAUAUUCAAAGACUUCCUCUGUGUCACAUGGCUUCCAACAACAAUAACAUUAAAAUCCAUGAACACGUCAAAGUUGUUCCCCCACCAUCAACUCAAACAACAAAAACACUACCUCUCACUUUCUUUGACAUAUUUUGGCUAACGUUUCAUCCGGUAGAAAGAAUCUUCUUCUACACCCUCCCAAAUUCACAAUCACACCCUUCUUUCUUCUUUCAAAACAUUGUUCCAAAACUCAAAACAUCACUUUCUUUAACCCUUCAACACUUUCUCCCUUUAGCCGGUAAAAUUAUUUGGCCUUCCGAUUCUCCCAAACCAUUCAUCCAAUUCAAUCCCAAUGAUGACGACGGUGUCUCUUUCCUCAUUGUAGAGUCUGAUUCAGAUUUCAAUCAUGUCAUUGAAAACUCACCCCAUGAAGCUUCUUUGUCUCAAUUAUUUGUACCUAACUUAGAAUCAACAGAUUCUUUUGCUUCUAUUAUCUCAAUUCAAGUAACCCUUUUUCCAAAAAGUGGUUUUUCCAUUGGAAUAAGCACACACCAUGCUGUUCUCGAUGGAAAAUCAUCAACUAUGUUCAUCAAAGCUUGGGCUUAUCUAUGCAGCAAAAUCAUUGAAACCGAAGAAUUGCCAAGUUUGUUGCCAGAGUUAGAACCUUUAUUCGAGAGGGAAAUCAUCAAAGAUCAAAAUGGACUUGGUGAUGCAUUCACAAAUAAAUGGUUCGAGAUCAAUGCCAAAAUGUUCCCAAAUGAAAAAAGAAACAAACAAAGCUUGAAGAUUUUCCCUUUUGAACCAAAACUCAAAGACUAUGUCCGAGCUACUUUUGAGCUCGGACGUGAAGAUUUGAACAAGAUAAAGCAAAUGGUUUUAUCGAAAUGGGAAAUAUCCGAAACAAAUGAAACAAAGCCUCAAACACUAUCAACUUUUGUUCUCGCUUGUGCUUAUUCGCUCGUUUGUUUUGCAAAAGCAAUUAAUGGAGUUGAAAAAGAGAAAGAGAAGUUUGUUAUGGGGUUCAAUGUAGAUUGUAGAGCAAGGUUAGAGCCACGAAUACCAAAUAAUUAUUUUGGAAAUUGUGUAUGGGGACAUAUAGUUGAUACAAAACCAUUCGAUUUCAUAAAAGAAGAUGCAGUAUUUUUGGUUGCUAGGAGUAUUCAUGAGAAAAUAAAGAUGAUUAAUGAAAAGGGUGUUCUAGAAGGAGCUGAAAAUUUAUUUGAUGAUUUUAUAUCUAUAAUAAGUGAAGGAUUUCAAAUUAUGGGAUUAGCGGGGUCUAAUAGAUUUGGUGUUUAUGAGAUUGAUUUUGGUUGGGGAAGGCCGGAAAAGGUGGAAAUAGUGUCAGUUGAUAGAGGUUUAACCAUUGGUUUGGCUGAUAGCAAAAAUGGGAAAGGUGGUGUUGAAGUUGGCCUUGUUUUGAAUGAACAUGUAAUGGAUCUCUUUAGCACGUUGUUUUUUGAAGGACUUUGUGUUAAUUGAUUGUAGAGAGCAAGUGCAGCUAUAGUGAUUAAUAUUUUUCAUAUGGAUGUGAUGUGACCAAAUUGAAAACAUGCCAUAAGAAUUUUGGUUUGUAAUUCGAAUAAAAAGAGAUAUUAUUUUUAAAUAAAUUUUAGUUUGUAAUUUGUUUUAGUGGUACCAAAUAUAUUAAUUUCGAAUAAAUUAAUUUUGGUCAGCAAUUUAAUAUAA